AUGUCAUACCCUCAGCUGACGCCGGCGCGACCGGUGCCCGGCGCCUUUUUAAACACGCCAGCAGCUUCACGAUUUGCAGGCAACGACAACGAGCCCGUCAGACGGCGCCUGUUUUUGGACGGUGACGGAGCCCAGGGAAGCACAACGACUGGAACCAGCGGCGCCCUGGUGGGAGGAUCGAGCUUCGCCCCUGCGACGGUCUCUUCGGUCGGUACGAGUGGCGGACUGGUCUCGACGUCGCAAACUCCCCAGCAAAACCUGCCGCCGGUCACAAGAGCUGCGCAGGCGGUCAACCAAUUCUUGCAGGCCGAUGAGAACUACCCGGAACUGGAUUUGUACUGUAGGCCAGGCGCAUCCUCCGAGUAUGACUACAGCUCGCUCGAUUCGGCGUGGGCCCCCUUCCACAAGACGCAGAUGUACCCCAUCCCGAACCAGGUCUUCAGCCACUACAACACCGGCCAGUUGCAGACGUUGAUGGGCUUGUUCGCGGAGAUCAACCACGCAUGGGUUGUGAUCGACAACUCGCUCUUCCUCUGGGACUACACACACCCUGACCCUGAGCUCAUCGGCUUCGAGGACCAGCCUCACACGAUCCACGCAGUCGCCCUGGUGUCCCCGAAGCCCGGCAUCUUCGUCAACUCCAUCACCCACAUCCUUGUCGUCGCGACUUCGUCCGAGAUGAUUCUCCUCGGUCUUUCUGCCGAACCGACCCCCUCCGGAACGAAGACGGUUUCGCUCUACAGCACGAAGUUGAACCUCCCGCUGCGAGGCACCGAUGUCCGAGUCAUUGCUGGCACUGCGGACGGUCGCAUCUUCUUCGGCGGAAGCAACGAUACCGAUAUUCACGAGCUGUACUACCAGCAGGAGGAGAAGUGGUUCUCGAACAGAUGCGGCAAGAUCAACCACACCAACCCCGGUUGGUCGUCUGUGGUCACCCUUCAGAGUGGCUUCUGGCAGCACAAGUCUCCCGAGGGCCUUCAGAGCAUCGUCAUUGACGACUCGCGGAAACUGGUCUACACUCUGUCCACCAGGUCUACCAUUCGAACGUACCACAUGGACGGGCCUAACAAGCUCACCAAGGUUAUCGAAAAGGAGAGAAACGCGUGUCUACGUGACAUUACCCACAUGAUCACCCAGUCGCCCUUGCUCAACGAGCGCACAACGAUCGUCUCGAUUAGUGCUAUCCCCUCCCGAGAGGCCUCAAAGUUGCAUCUUAUGGCACUCACCAACACCGGAUGCCGGUUGUUCCUCAGCGCCACAAGCUCUGCUUCCUACAUGAUUGGUGGCGUGUCUUCUAAUACCCCCCCUCAAAGCAUGCAGGUUCAGUAUAUCAAGUUCCCUCCGGCGGAAAACCCUGCCCGCGCCAGCACGAAUACUGCCGGCGAGACAAUAAUCGAUUUCUCCUCAAAAGCCCUGGCAAUGAGCAGACUCGGUGCUCGUUUCGCUCCAGGAUACUUCCUCGACUUCGUCGUCAAGGAGUCCGAGCCCAACAACGACCAGCUUUUCGUUUCUGCCCCCGAGACCGGCCGCAUCAAGACCAACGCAUCAUCUCAACAACUCAAGUACUACGAACACGGCAACUGGAUCGAUAUUGGAAGUAGAGCUGAAGAUGUAGGUUUGGUAACGAAGCCAUUUGCUGCUGCGAACCAACCCAUUGGUUUUGGAAACGAGCUCGCUGUUCAGUUUGAUGAGCCUUCGACCGAGUUUGCCAUUCUCACGAAUACCGGUGUCCACAUCAUCCGCCGCCGCCGACUGGUCGACACUUUCGCUUCUGCCAUCCGCGGUGCCGUAGGCGAUGAGGGGUUGGAACUGGAGACGCGCAAGUUCAUUCAGCGAUAUGGCCGGGUAGAGACAAUCUCCUGUGCUCUGGCGGUAGCUUGCGGACACGGUGGCGAUGCUCGACCUGGAGCCGCUCGCGCUAUGGACCAGGCCACGGAAGAUCGCGCUCGUACUGUUUUCGUUGACUACGGUGGGCAGCCCUCAAUCACCGAGACCGACGGCACACAACUCAACACCACCUCCGUCCGCCUUUCUCCUAGGCAUGACGCCCUCUGUGUGUACAUCACUCGCCUGAUCCGAACCUUGUGGAAGAACCAUGUGGUUGUCCCUGCCGUGAGCCCCACCGGAGGCGUCACAAUCGGAUCAAGAGUGCCUCUUGCCAAGCUUUUGUCGAUUCAAGAGCAGCUUGAGCGCCUUCGCAGAUUCCUCGAGGCUAACAAGAGCUUCAUCCAAGGCCUAUCUGGCCCCUCUGAUCUCCAAAGAGUGGCGAGCAAACAAGAGGAGGUUGCCCUCCAGGCCGAGCACCAGGCUCUGCACGCGCUCCAGAAGCUGAUGGAGAGCAUUUCAGAAGGCAUUUCUUUCGUUUCAAUGUUGUUCGACGAGCGGGUCAGCGACAUCUUCACCAGACUUGACGCCCAAGCGCAACAAGAACUGAAGGAACUCACAUACGAGAAGCUGUUUUCGCAGGCUCCUGGAAAGGAGCUGGCCAAGCUGCUUGUCAAGUCGAUUGUCAACCGCAACAUCGAGAGCGGUUCCAACGUGGAGACUGUGGCUGAUGCCCUGCGUAGGAGAUGCGGCAGCUUCUGCAGCCCUGAUGAUGUUGUCAUUUUCAAGGCCCAAGAGCAGUUGAAGAGAGCAUCCGAGCAGCCUUUGAACAGCAACCCGUCACGCACACUGCUGCAUGAGAGUUUGAGGCUUUUCGAGCGCGUCGCCAACGCCCUUUCCUUCGCCAACCUGCACAACGCUGUGGCUCAGUACAUUGAGCUGAAAUACUAUGCAGGCGCAAUCCAGCUUUGCCUGGUCGUCGCCCGCGAGAAGGACAGAGGCAACAGCGCCCUUUCCUGGGUCCACGACGGCAAGCCUCCAAACGACCCUCGGGCUAAUGCCUUCUCGGAACGUAGAAAGUGCUACGAGUUGAUUCACGAGGCUCUGCAGCACUUGGAUGCCGCCUCAAGUAGGGAGCCGGAGACGAUCGAUGGCAGGUUGACACUGAUUGGCACCAAACGCCUGGAGGCAUACAGUGUGGUGAACGAUUCGGAUGAUGAGGUCUUCCACUUUGACCUCUAUGAGUGGUACAUCGAACAGGGUUGGACCGACAGAAUUCUGGCCAUCGAGUCACCUCACGUUAUCACAUACCUCCAGAGCCUCGCCAGGUCUAAUGUUGGACACGCCGAGCUUCUCUGCAAGUUCUACACUCAGCGUGAGAGAUACUUCGAGGCAGCCCAGGUCCAGGCCGACCUCGCCAACUCCGACUUCGACCUUGGUAUCAAGGAGCGCAUUGUUCUUCUCAGCAAAGCCAAGGGCAACGCCAGUGUCGCCACUGCCGGCAUCGGCAGGCAACAACAGCAGGUCCUGGCCCACGAGGUCAGCGAGCUCCUCGACAUCGCCAACAUCCAGGACGAUUUGCUCGAGAGGCUCAAGGCCGACAGCCGAAUUGCACCGGAGCGUAAGGCGGAGAUUCAAGAGGCUCUCGACGGUCAGAUAUUGUCGCUGUCAGAUCUCUUCAACCAAUACGCCGACCAAGCAAAUUACUACGACCUGUGUCUUUUGAUCUACCACAGCGCCGACUACCGCAACCCUAGCACAAUCUCCCAAACGUGGGUCAGCCUAAUUGAGCAAAUCCACCAAGAGGCCGUCGACCGCAUGGAGGAGGCUGGCCCCGGCAUUCCUGUCCUGCCGUCGCCGUACGAGUCUGUGUCUGUCAAGGUGCAGAACAUCGCCCACCGCACAUCACUCGACAGCUUCAUCUUCCCUGUGCCAGUCCUCCUUCCCGAAGUCUGCCGCUACGCCGUUGAGUACCACCAGGAUGCUGAGAUUGGUGCCGACCCCACAUGGCCGGUCCAGCUCUUCAUCAGCCUGGGUGUCUCCCACGACAUGGUUACUCGCGUUCUCGAGAGCGUCUUCGACACACAGGACUACGGCUUCAGCGGCAACAACCGUAACCGCAUUAUCGAGCUCAUUGUCUUCGCAGUCGAUGUCUGGCAACGCGAGGUGAAGCGUCGCGGCGGCGCCUCUCUGAAGGGUGACGGUGCUAUCGGUGCCUGGGUUAAGGAUCUGCUGAGCAGAUGCGAAUCGUCCUUGCCGCCUGCGGGCCACGGCUCGAACCCUGGCGGUGCGGAUUUGGCGGAGGUGCGCAGACGUCUGCGUGCUGUCAGGAGGGAAGUUGAUGGUCUCGUGGAGAGGGGGCCGUCGGGAAGCUUGCGCUUCAUGUAA